UAGCCGAUUCGUGCACUCGGCCCAAUCUCUUGCUGUCUCGUUCGAAUCAACACUUGUCUCUCUCUGUGCAUCAUGGCUGAUAUAUCCAAAGAAGAUCUUCGUAAGGAAAUUGCCGCCAUCCUCAAGGAUGCGGACUUGGCMUCCACCUCCGCCAAGAAGGUGCGCCAGGAGCUUGAAGAGAAACUCGAUGURAAACUUCAAUCGCGCAAGAAGGAAAUCGAUGACCUCGUCAUGAAGUUCGUCAGUUCCAAGAAGGCCACCGGYGGAAAGAAGAAGGGCAAGAAGGACGAGUCUGAYGAAGAAGGUGGAGAGGACGAAGACGAAGAGGAGGAGGAAGAGGACGAAGAAGAGGAAGAAGACGAUGAGGAGGACUCUGAAGCGGAUAAGAAGAAGAAGCGAGGCUCUACAGGCAAAAAACCAGCAGCUAAAAAAGCGAAGAAGUCUUCCGAUGACUCGGCCAGCGAAGGCAGUGACGGCGAAUCAGAAGAGGAAUAUUCGCCCAAGAAAGCAGCCAAACCAGCUAAAACCCGUAAGUUGCCCCCUAAGAAGAAGAAGGGCUCCGAGUCCGAUUCAGAUGAGGACUGGGGCAAGAAGAAGGGAGGUGCCAAACCGGGCGCCAAAAGAGGAGGAGGAGGAUACACCAAGGCUCUCCAACUGUCUCCAGAAUUGGCUGCUGUUGUGGGAGCUGACACGAUGGCUCGACAUGAAGUCGUCAAAAAGAUUUGGUCUAUUAUCAAAGAAAAGAACAUGUACGACCCUAAAAACAAACAGUUUGCGAUUUGCGACGAUGCCUUGAUGAAGGUGAUCGGAACCAAACGCUUCCGGACCUUCGGCAUGAUGAAAUAUCUGAAAAACCAUUUUAUCAGUUAAUUUGUUCGUCUUCAUAUUAUUUAAACCAUUGUGCUGUUCGUCAACAGGCGUAUAUUUUUUUAAUAAUAAUUUUCAAUUUCUAGUUUGUUCUGUAAAUGGACUAUAGCGGAAACGUGACUCAAAAAUUUAUGUAUGGAUAUUUGGUAUAUCUCCGUUUAGGUCUAAGGAUGUUUUGCGUGAUUAAAUGUAGGUUUAAAUCGACUGAUUUUCACUGUUAGUUCAACUGAUUUACGACAUUUUAUUUGGUUUAGAUUCGUUCCACGUAAUGUGCUACUUAUGAUUCGAAAUUAUGUAAUAUUAUACUGUAGCAGUGAAGUAAUAGUAUUAUUUAAACAA